GAGAGAGAGUGGAGGGAGAAGGGGGGAGGGUUCUGAUAACACACUCAACCACAGAUGGUUGAGCAAGGCUGCAAGAGAGUGAGGGAGCAAAGCAGGCGCACAGACAGACAGACAGACAGAGAGAGAGAGAGUGAGGAGAGGAGAGGAAGGGAGAGAGUAAGAAGGAGAGAGAGGCAGAGUGGGAGGCAUCCGUCUCUCUUGUAGUAUUGCCAAAGCAACGGCGAGAAGAGGAGAGAGGAGGGAUUACGGCGUCUGUGAACGUCUUGUUGCUGCAGCCAAGAGAUCUUCUGCUGCUGUUUACUCUGGACGGAUGGAUGCUCCAAGAAAUAAAUGCCGGAAUUGACUUGAACCGUUCGUUGUUUCUUCGCAACGGGCCGCCACAGAGACACAGACACAGACACAGGAAAGCAGGAUGUGGUAUUGCAUGCGUGACUUUACGAGUGUUGGAUUGUGGGUAUAACAGGGGGCUCUCAGGUGAGCAGGGUUAAACUUGAAACCAACCUGUAAACUGACUCCAUGACACCAGUGUGUGCCUAUGUGUGUGUGUGAGAGGGUUACAUACUGUGUACGAGUGUGCACAUGUGUGUACGUUUAGCUGCAAGUGACCAGGUGCAUAUACUAUAUGGUGUGUUUGUGACACCGGCGUCACUGCACACACACACACACACACACACACGCGUCAGGAGGAAGUGACAAGUCUGUACUCGCUCUCGGAUUUCCUGGUCCCCUCUCCGGUGGCACGCCAAGCGCCGAAUCUGAGCCAAGUUCACCUGUCUCGCCCCUCACAGGCGGGACUUAAACUCUUCUGGAUGCAUCAGCGGAGGAGUGUUGACUUUUUCUGGAAGAGAGAAGGACAAUUAGAAGCGUGUGGACUCUGAUUGUGGCUGCGUGUCACAUCAGCCCUGGGUGUUUUCGAGAUAAACCAGCACUUCCUCAACCUGUCAACGUGUUGCACCGGUGCUUGGGGCCGCCUCUGGACCUCUCCAUGACCGUCAACACAGUGCUGACCCCCUCCAUGACCAGCAGUAACAGCAUGAGCAGUGGGUACUGCAGCCUGGAUGACGAGAGCGAGGACUUCACUUUCUUCACGGCCAAGACCUCGUUCUUCCACCAGCCCAAGCAUGCAGUUAAGCAGAAGGAAUCAAAGGAGGAAGAUGACAGAGGAACGAGGGAACUGUCAGAGGAAGAGGUGCGGACACAGAUAAAAGAGUAUAACGCUCAAGUCUCUAAAAAUGGCAUGAAACUGGCUUUAGAUGGAUCCUACACAGGCUUCAUUAAGGUCCACCUGAGGCUCAGUCGACCAGUCACAGUCCCCGCUUUCAAGGCAGCAGACUCAGAGCAAGCGUCCAAACCGACGGCGGGCCGCACUCAGGCACCGUCAGAUGGCCAGGAAGGGACGGACUGUGGGCAGAGCGAGAAGAGGACAUCCUUCUACUUACCAAGUGACUGUGUGAAGCAGCUCCACAUCAGCUCUCUGAACACCACCAGGGAGGUCAUCCAGGGCCUGCUGAAGAAGUUCAUGGUGUUGGACAAUCCCUGCAAGUUUGCUCUGUACAGGCAGACGCACCGCGACGGACAGGAUCUGUUCCAGAAGCUUUCUCUGUGUGAGCGCCCUCUUCUUCUGAGGUUGUUAGCAGGGCCGGACGCAGAGCAGCUCAGCUUUGUCCUUAAGGAAAAUGAGACCGGAGAGGUGGAGUGGCAUGCCUUCUCUGUCCCUGAGUUACAAAACUUCCUGGUAAUCCUGAAGAAAGAGGAGGCGGAGCGUGUCCGGACAGUAGCGCAAAAAUACGCUGCGUACCGACAGAAACUACAACAGGCCCUUCAACAACAUGACCCCUGACCCCUUCACCUGUUACCUUACGACCCGAACCCGGGGAGAGACUGACCCUCUGAACGCUGACCCCUUCAAGACCCGUGAUCUAUUCAGAGACUGGAGCCAGAGCUGAACUUGCCUCCGCCCUCCCUACACAUAUACACCCAAACAUACAGUACAUCCACACACAGAUGCAUACCCCUUUCUCAGGACGCAUACAAGCCCCCCUCCCCCCACCACCACCACCACCACCACCACCCACACACCGAGGAGAGAAUAAGGGGUUGAAAGUGACGUGAAAGGCUACAGCGUGUGCUGUCUGAUAAGCUGAUUGGACAGGGCAGUGUUGCCACUCUGACACACCCAGAGAAACAUCACAGCAACACAAGAUCUGAAAGUACAACUUGAGAUCUCAUUUGGGAAUGAUAUGAAUCAUUAGUGUUGUUAAAGAUUCCCUCUUCUUCUGCUACUUCUGCUGCUGCUACUGCAAGUGUUACUUAUGCAUGAGUGUCUCUCAGCUCAGCCCCCUGCACAUAGAGCUAGAAGUAAAACAGAAGGCAUGAUUUCUUUUUGAUGGAGGGGACAAUCACACAGAGUAUUUUUUUUCUUGGAAUUGAUGUUUAGGGUUAUCAGCUGAUGUAUUCUAUCUGUGCUGGAUUUGAGAGGGAGGUGUUCGGGGUCAGGGCUGGAGGCUGAAGGCUGCGUUUUGCUUUGGAUGCUAGAGCGAGAAAGAAUGGAAAGAUAAGAAAGUGAGAUCCGUUCUCUGAUUAUUCUCAGGGCGCAUGCGUAGAGCAAAGAGAAAACCUGAAGGAGGCAAGAAACUGAAUACAACAUCCCGCUUUAGCCAACUUUGUCCCAAAUCCCUGCCUUUUGUAUUUGUUGCUAUCAUUUUAUUUUCCUACUUUAACGCCAUGUUAAAAGACCCUGUCAGGUUCUUUGCUGACAGAGAGGUCUUUUUGAUCGGACCCAGUUACCAAUCCCCUCCCCGGACACAAACCUAAACUCUUCUCAGAUGAUAACUGUGAAUUCAUUUUACCUCCCUAAAUCCCCAUACAAUCAACUUUGCAUGGACUGCUGAGCGAGGCAAUCCACAUAUCUUUACGGAUCUUACACUUUAUUGUAAAAGUGAUUUUACACUGUUAUUAUAUGGGUUGCAUUUGAAUGUGAGAAUUUUUUUUUUUUUUUUUUUACACCAAAGCUUUGAGGGACAGAUCUAUUGAGAGAACUUUAAAGGGAUAAGAGACAUUUUGAAAUGUAUCUAAAUACAGGUGGUGUAUGUAAAAAGAAAUAAACCAGCUUCUGUUUUUGCACAUAUAGAUGCAGGUCACUGAAUAGCCCACAUCUGCGUGGGUGGGCAUGCAUUUCUGCUUCUCUUUUCUUUUUAUCUCUCAACGUUACACCCCAAAAAAAGAAACAAAAAGUAUAUAAAGUUCAUGAUAAUGGCUAUGAUGUACCAAUGACGUGUUUGCAAUGCAUAUGUAUUAUGUAGACACUGGAAAAAAGAGUGAAAAGGUUUAACUUUGUUGUUAUUACAAUGACUUUUUAAUAUUCUUUUGGUAUCAUUCCUACUGGUUAGUGUGUGUGUGUGUGUGUGUGUGUGUGUGUGUGUGUGUGUGUGUGUGUGUGUGUGUGUGUGUGUGUGUGUGUGUGUGUGUGUGCACCCAUCUAGGGCAGGGAGAAUAAUGUGAAUUGUGUUUUAUAAUGAGUGUGUGUGUGUUAUCAGCGCUCCCUCAUUGGGCCUCACUUAUCAAGAAUUGAAACAUGCAUUGAGUGCAUAUGUAAUAUAACACAUUACAACUGCAAAUUAGGUUGUUUUGGAAAAGAUAUCUGGCAUGCAUGUAUCUUAAAAGGAAUGCAUUGAACCAAAGGAUUUUACUGUAAUCAUUUCCGACACAUUAUUCAUCUUUUUUUUAUGUAACACAUUAGAAAUACUGAUAAAUGAGGCCCGUCGUCCAUCAGCACAUGCUUCUCUGUUGAUCAUUUUUAACACCACCACCCAAAGCCCAAGCUGUUCCUGCUGGCAGUGCCUUUUGUUUCAUGUGCCCCUGUGGAUCUAUGUAAGGUGUGUUUCAGCACACAGGUGCCUGAGUGUAUGUGUGGGUGCUUUUGCAUGUGUGCAAAUCUGUGUUUCUUGGGUGGUGUUGUACAUGUCCUUGUUUCUUUCUUUCCAAAGCCCUUAAUAUAUUUGUCUUUCCAACAAACCCUCUGUAUGGGUCGGCGCGUGUGUGUGAUUGUGGUGCGUGUUAUUUAUUUCAUGGUCCACCUCAUCCAUAUGAUAUUAUCUCAAGGAUGAUGAGACUUGAUGCUUUUUUUCCUGCAAUUUAUUUUGUUUAAUUUGAAGAAGUGUGUGUAUAAAUAUAGCAGUAGAACUGUACAGAAUAUCACAAUGAAAUAAAAAAGGUCAUCCCUUUAUUGAAAUGUU